AUGGCGACGGAGACGGUAACUCGGACCAAGGUCAGAGUGGGCAAAAAUGAAAAACUCCCGCCCGAAAAUGUUCGUUACAUGGCCGCCUGUGCCGACAUUGCUCGCGCGUUGGUCCAAGAAUAUGAAGCCAGCCUUGACGAUUCAAAACCAAAGAAGGAUGUCAACCUCAACCGGCUCCGAGGUGAUAUUGCCAAGAAACACAGACUCAGCAGCCAACCUCCUUUGACGGCCAUUCUGGCCGCCACCCCAGAGCAAUACAAGAAACAUCUUCUGCCAAAACUCAUUGCAAAGCCGGUACGGUCAGCGAGCGGCAUUGCCGUCGUGGCGGUCAUGUGUAAGCCGCAUCGGUGUCCACAUAUCGCUUUCACGGGGAACGUGUGCACCUACUGUCCCGGCGGCGUCGAUUCGGAUUUUGAAUAUUCCACCCAGUCCUACACCGGGUACGAGCCGACCUCGAUGCGAGCCAUCCGUGCUCGAUACGAUCCCUUUGAACAGGCUCGUGGGAGAGUCGACCAGAUUAAAAGUCUGGGACAUAGCGUUGACAAGGUGGAAUUCAUCAUCAUGGGUGGCACCUUCAUGUCCCUAGAUCAAGCCUACCGCGACAACUUCAUCGCUCAAUUACACAAUGCUCUGUCAGGCUACCAGACGGAAAACGUCGACGAAGCGGUUGCCGCCGGAGAAAUGUCCAACAUCAAGUGCGUCGGGAUCACGAUCGAGACCCGGCCCGACUUUGGACAAAUCGACCACUUGUCCGACAUGCUUCGGUAUGGAUGUACACGACUAGAGCUUGGUGUUCAAUCACUGUAUGAAGAUGUGGCUAGGGAUACCAACAGAGGCCACACUGUCGCAGCGGUCGUCGAAGCUUUCAAGUUCUGCAAAGAUGCCGGGUUUAAAGUUGUGUCGCAUAUGAUGCCCGAUCUACCGAACGUCGGCAUGGAACGAGAUCUCUACCAAUUCCAGGAAUACUUUGAAAACCCUGACUUCCGGACGGAUGGGCUCAAGAUCUAUCCUACACUAGUUAUUCGCGGCACCGGCGUCUACGAAUUAUGGCGGACGGGACGGUUUAAGAACUACACUCCAAACGCUCUGGUGGAUUUAGUUGCACGGAUAUUGGCCUUAGUGCCUCCUUGGACGAGAAUCUACCGUGUGCAGCGCGAUAUCCCGAUGCCAUUGGUCACUUCUGGCGUCGAAAAUGGCAAUUUGCGAGAGUUGGCACUGUCCAGAAUGAAAGACUUUGGCACGACCUGUCGAGACGUGCGAACCCGGGAAGUGGGAAUCAAUGAAGUGAAAAACAAGAUCCGACCGUCUCAAGUGGAGCUUGUCAGGAGAGACUACAUGGCCAACGGUGGCUGGGAGACUUUCCUUUCAUACGAAGAUCCGAAACAGGACAUCCUCAUCGGCCUGUUGAGACUGCGGAAGUGUACUACCACCCACACCUUCCGACCGGAGCUUACCGGUCAACCUACAAGUAUGGUCCGGGAGCUGCAUGUUUAUGGAUUGGCAGUCCCGAUCCAUGGCCGCGAGAAGAGCAAAUUCCAGCAUCAAGGCUAUGGCACGCUUCUGAUGAAGGAAGCCGAGCGCAUUGCUCGGGAUGAACAUGGCAGCGAGAAGCUGAGCGUCAUCAGUGGAGUGGGCGUACGAAGUUAUUAUGCACGUCUUGGUUACAGCCUUGAUGGACCAUAUAUGAGCAAGAUGCUAAUCUUUGACGAUGAUGAGGCUGAAGAUUGA